AUGACCAUGAUCAGAAAUUCUCUGCGGGUUCCGGAAGUAUGUCGUCUCAAGCACCGGACGAGUUACCUUUCCGGGACUAACGAUCCUCCGGCCAUAUUCGCUGAAAACUACAAGCUUAAGAAGUACAUCAGCUUCCCUGAUGACAUUGUUGUGGGUGUAGAGUACGUGAAGAGAGUUUGCUGCCUGAUCGAUCAUUGCAGUCUUCCACUAGAUGAGGGGAAAAUAUUAUCUCAAAAAUUAUUCUGGCACUUUAUAUCUGCAAACUACAAGCUUAAGAAGUACAUCAGCUUCGUUGAUGACAUUGUUGUGGUUGUACAGUACGUGAAUAGGCGAUAUCGUGUUUUGUUUAUUCCGAAAUCGCACAGUUUCAAGGUUCUUCAUGGCAACGUUAAGCAAGGACUUAAUCAACAAAACCUUCCAGGGAAGGAAGAGGGACAUAAAGAAUACAUUUUGUCCGAAUUGAGUCACACCUCAUCUGAAAGCGAUCCCUUUACUGCAGCCGAGAUUUAUAAUCCGGAAGAUCCGGACUAUCAUCAAACUUGUGAAGUUAAAAGCUGUAAAGGAGAUGUGUUCAGUUCCUGCUUUCAAUGCUCAAUUUUGUUAUGUUGGAAGCAUUUUGAAGAUGAUACCCUAUCCUGCCAGGACGGACACAGGACAGUACAGAGCAGUGUACUUAGCAAAGAGAAACAGGAAGAGAGGCGCCCUGAAGAUUUUUUUGUAGAAGGUUCCCAGGCAGAAGGUGAUAGGAAAAAAAGUCAAAGAAGAUAAAAGAAGAAUU